ACUCAUAGAGAUACUUAUACUCAUAGAGAUACUUAUACUCAUAGAGAUACUUAGCGAUACAGAGAGACUCAUAGAGAUACUUAGAGGCUGAAAACUGGGCUGGGUUUCUACCAAUUCUCACCCAGCCGGCUCAACGAAACUCAACAAACUAACGCGCAAGUGUUUAGUCUUCUGCUAAAGGUUGCUUAGAUGGUGGGGUAGGGUGUAAAGGUGGGAGUGGAGGUGUUUUGGUCGCAUAAAUCCGCCGCCUCAAAGGACUUUGACUCCCCAGAGCAGAGUUCUGCAUUCAGCCGCGAGCCUCGGGGCAGGGAUCGUCGCCUGAGCGACUGCGCGUAGCGAGCAGGCGAGGGACUCAGCCCACCUGUCCCACCUCGUUAGGAUUUGCGGGAGCAGAGGGACAGCAGAGCGGAUCGGCUCCACUUAGCAUGGCAGCGGCGGCAGCAGCAGGUGGCCGGGACCGGGGCCUGGAGGAGGAACUGACUUGCUCCAUUUGCCUGCAACUCUACGUCGACCCCGUGCUGCUGGGCUGCCCACACACCUUCUGCAGAGAGUGCAUCGUGAGCGCGUGGCGCGACGGUGCCUGUGCCUGCCCCGAGUGCCGCAGGGUCUUGCCCUUUGGCUCCAAGGAGGAGAUGCGGCUGCAGCUCGUGAAAAACUUCAAGCUGGCCAGCAUCGUGGACAGGUUCUCAAGUCUCAGCCCGGAGGGGGAACGGCCGCGGAAGGAGCUCAACCCGAGCUUGGCACUAGCGAGGCCCCCGAAUCUGGACCUCUGUGCUCAGCAUGGCAAGGCACUUGUCAUGUUCUGCCAGGAGCAUGGGGCGUCUGUGUGCGCCGACUGUGUCACGAGCGGUGCACACCGGGGCCACAAGCUCACGUCAACAGAGGAGGCUGAUCGGCAGGCAAAGGAAUCCCUUUCGUGUUCACUCGAAAAACUUAUGACACAUAAUGGGAAAGUUUCAGCAAGAUUGAAUAUACUGAAGAACACGGAAGCCAAUGUAGAGGGAACGUCAGCAGCUUUUGACAAAUCCAUAGACGACGCUUUUAACGCUGCAAUCAAGUCCCUCGAGGAAGAAAGGGCCACGCUCAAGCAGUUGGCACAUGCAGAACAGAGUCAACUAUUGGGCCUAAUCCGUGCCCAGAUGGCGCCCCGAGAGAUGAUGGUCGCUGAGAUGGUGGUUGUCACCAAAGAGGUGCAGGCGGCUUUGCAGGAAACGAAUCACGUGCGGGCUAUCCAGGUGAGCGGUGAGUUGGAGAGAAGGAUAACGGCCGCGAUGAUGAAGAACCCACCAAAUGACAACAUCGUGACUAGAGACCUCUUCUCGUCCUUGCGUGGCCUGCUGGAGAGUCUCUCCCCAAGAAUCUCCAAUUGGAAGACAGAAAACGCGAUGCUCAGAAAUUUCAGGAGCCCAACCCUUGAUGAAGAUUCACUCCACUACCAACUGGACGCAGACGAUGGUGGCAAGGCCCUGAGCCUGUCUCGGCCCCUCAGGAGGCGGCGGGACGUGACGGAGGGCUGUGAGGCGUUCUCCUACUGGAGGCAGGCGCUGUGUGAGGAGGGCUACUUCUCUGGGUUACACUACUGGGAGGUGGACGUGAGCGAGUGCGACGGGUGGUGCGUGGGCAUCUGCUGCGGGUCGAUGGAGCGGAGGGGCAAAACCAGCGAUGCGGAGCUGGGCGGAAAUGCCGAGUCGUGGUGCAUCGAAUACAGAGACGAUGAUGAUGACGAGGACGAUGGCAACCUGAGUGCCUUUCAUGACGCACUGCAAACCAACAUUGAAAUCAGCUGCGAUGGUGGCCGUAGCGGCUGCCACAUCGACAGGGUGGGCAUUCUACUGGACUGUGACAUGAACCGACUGUCAUUCUACGAUGUUUCACAGGCACGGGUCCACUUGCACACCUACUCUUACGUACAGUUCGGUGCUCCACUCUUCCCUGCGUUCAAAGUGCUAGACGGCAGCAUCACAAUAGCCUCGUGUCCACGCUCCUGUGCCGGCCUCUGCUAGGCUUCUCAGGAGAGGUGACGUGGACCCAGCAUGAGAGCGCUGUGAGCCUUGCUGUGUAGGUUAAUCGUUCAGGCACUGUUGCUCCCCUGGUUGAUUACUGUCAUAGAUGUGCACUAUUCACUUCACCGUGGACGUAGAUUUAUAUAGACUCACAUAACUAUCCACAGACUCAGUUAAACAUAAAUAGACUCAAAUAUCGACCUAUCGACACCCACAGAUUCACAUAGAUACCCAUAGACUCGCAUAUAUACUCAUAGACUUGUAUACGUACCAACAGAUUCACGUACAAAUAUACAGACUAAUAUAGAUUACCAGAGAUUUACAUACACCCAUAUACUCACAUAGAUACCCACAGAGUCACAUAUAAAUUAAUAGACUCAAAUAUAGACCCAUAUGCUCACAUAAAUAACCACAGAUUCAUGUAGAAAUCAAUAGACUCACAUAGAUACCGAUAUAUUCAUAUAGAUACCCAUAGACUCGCAUAUAUACCCAUAUACUCACAUAGAAAACAAUAGACUCAAAUAUAAACUCAUGGCGUCAUACAGAGCCUCAUAUCUACGUGGGAAGUUGUGCUCAUAUGGUUGGAAUCUCGGUUCCCAGGCACAAUUAUAUUAUGUGUGUUUGUGGACCUAAUGGAAUGUUUGGUUGUGGAGGAGAGGCUCCCUUUCCUCUGUCAUGAAAUGGACCAGUACUGCCUGGACCUCUGAAAUACAGGGUCUGGCUUCAAGCAUCAUGAGGGGUGGACAGUUCUCCACUCGGGGUAGGAAACUGCCAAACAACAGGGAGUGCCACUUCUUUUGACUAAGAAGCUGUAAGUUACAGGCUACAGUGGACUCACCUCCCCAUCAACUAGAGGUGAGCAAUGGGAAUGGUUGCUUACGCUCCCACCAAAGAUGAGCAUCAGUAGAGAGAUGCAGACAAAGCCGAUGAGUCAGAUGCCUUGUUUAACCUCCUGUCCAAGGUGCUUGCUAAAGUGCCCCCUCAGGAUAGAGUCUUCCUGUUUGGUGACUUUAAUGCCUGAGUGGGUCAUGAUUGGAGUGAUCGGAAGGCAUGGGUCAGAUCAGCUCAAUAUUAACACGAAGAGGCUGCUAGACAUCUGCGCAGCCGAUGGGCUUGUAAUUACCAACACCCUGUUCUGGAAUCGGCGCAUCUACAUAACAUAAUGGAUGCACGCCGGGUCCAAGCAAGAACAUCUGCUGGACUAUAUAGGGCCUACCGUGGAGCUGAUCUGCCCACUGACCAUCGGUUUGUAAUUUGUAGGAUGUGCCUGCCAUUCUUCUACUCCGGUGGUGGAACCCAUUCACACACACAGUGGCCUGGUAUCAGCUAGGUGAGGAUAGUUGCAAGCAGCAAUUUCAACAUCGCUUGCAGCUGGGGUUGGCAGCAUCCCCCAUCCUGAUGCGGAGGGGAAAUGGGUGAGGUUCAUGACUGUGGCUCAUGCAGCUGCAAUGGCUGCAUUGAGUAUGUAGUCAACACCUCCCCAGAGACCCCAGCUGAAGAAGGAGGUGUUCCAGCUGGUUGAGAGAAAACGAUAGGCUGACUCCCGUCGUCUACAACAUCCAAUAUCAGAGAAUGAGGAGGCUUACCGUAGCCUUAGCUCGGAGAUUCGAAGAGCCAUGCAGUGCUGUAAGGAUGAGUGGUGGCUGCGGUAUGCUGACAGGAUGGAAUAUGCCUCAGUCCGAAUCACGAAUAACUAAAUCCAUCAUUAAAGUAAUUUGCAGCACCUCACCUAUUACUAUCCUUAAGGGAAAGAACGGCGAUCCAAUCUCCGACCCCUUUGAACAGGUCUGUAGGUUUGGAGAGCAUUUCUGUGUGGUCUUGGGGGAGAGUAAUUUCCUCAGCCCAGACAACAUCAUGGGACAAGGUGGGGACGAACCUGACAGGGCUGCGGUGCCUAAAAUAUUGGCCGAAGUAUCCACCCCUUCUGAGUGGUUAGCUGAAGUGUCAGCUGUGGUGGAAGUACGAGGAGUGAUCAAAAGCGCCGGGCAGAUACAAUCUCCCAAGUGAAAUGCUGGGGGAGGAUGGCAUCUGUGUGCAAACUACCCUACAUGACAUCAUCACAAAUGUCUGGACCACAGGAAGGGUUCCGCAGGAUUGGAAGGAUGCUAUAGUUGCCCCCCUCUGGCAAAAAUUAGUAUUCAACAUUGCCUUCCCAGGCACGCUGAGGAGAUGCUUGCAGAGCCCCAAUGGGGUUUCAGGAAAGGGCUGUCCUGCACAGAUGCCAUAUGUUCUGUCUGUCUGCUACAGCAGAGGUGUAGGGAAUUCCCACAAGACCUACAUCUCUGCUUUAUUGACCUGAUCAAGGCCUAUGGCACCAUUAAGAGGCCUGGGCUCUGUGCUGUUCUUCGUGCUUUCGGAGUCCCUGACUCUCUGCUCACAAUCAUUAAGAGCCUUCAUGAUGGUGGGCAGGCCCAGGUAAAGCUACAUGGCUGGGAGUCAGAGCUGUUCCCAGUACACCUUUGGGUGCGACAGGGAUGUCCUCUGGCUCCCACAUUUAACAUCAUCUUUGAUCACGUAGUUUGAGAAGCUUUAUAUGGCUGUACCAAAUAAAUUUCAAUCUGGUACAGAUACAAUGGGAGGCUGAUCGAUGCUCAGGUGCGGUCGAGGGAUGCCUCCCUAUUGGUCAAUCAUGUUAAAUAUGCUGAUGAUCUGAUGAUUGCUGUUCACUCAGAGAAGGAGUUGGAGGCCCUGCUGCUUGACCUGGAGUGCGCUAUUAAGUGUGCUACUAAGAGGUGGAGCCUUACUAUCAGCCCCAGAAAAACUAGGCACCUAUACUCUUUGGUUCUGGGUAUUUUGUGCCAUCAAACAUUUCACUUCCUCAGCUCCCCAUUCUUGACGGGGCGGUUGUGGAGAGAGUGGAGAGUUUUCCCUAAUUGGGCAGUGUGCUUAUUACCAGCUCCGGUUUGACAGCUGAGGUCUCCGAAUUUGCCGGGCGGCACUAUCUUUUCAUCAGCUGAAUAAUGCUAUGGGGAAGCUACCUGUUCUGUUGCUCCACACAAAGCUUCGGGUCUUCUCGGCCACAGUCAUGCUCUUCUCUACGCUUGUGAAAGUGGACCCCUUUAUUGGAACAUAUGCGUUGGUUAGAAACAUGCAGCUGGCCUGCCAACGAUCCAUCCUGGGUUUAACCAGGCUGGAUUGUGUGAGGGGCUCGCAAAUCCUCGAAAGAUCUGGAUACAUUCUCAUCAGUGAGCUCCUCUGGCAGGUAAGGCUGUGUUGACUGACUCACGUAGUCCAAAUGCCCAGCCAUCGCAUGGCCAAGCAACUUCUGUUUGACCAGAUAGAGGAGGCUAAACGAGCAUUUCCCGGCCUGUAGAAGAGAUGGACUAAUGCGGUUCGGGAUGAUGUUGCACUGAUUGGACUUGCCAAAGACUCGUGCCAGCGGUGUUAAGAUCAGCCUCGAUAUAAGAGGCUAGUGAAGGACAGUUGGAGGCAGUUGCCCUCAAACAACAAUGGAGGACAGAGGAGCGAUGCUCGCAACAACAAGCGGAGCGCCGGGUGGCUUAAAUGCAGCAAGUUGGCACAGUAUACAUCUUCCAAUUAUCUCAGUCAUUCAACCCAUGGCACCUGCGUCUGUCAGCGAGCCUUCAACACUUCACGUGGCCUUACAGUGCACCUGGCUUGGUACAGGCGCCAUGGUGACAUCACCAUCAGUUUGUGGUGAAUGGCGGGUAUUGGUAAUGGUAUAACAAAUUGUGGGGAGCGGUAUUGUAGUGGUUAGCGCCAUAAAUUACUAACCCGGCGACCAAGGUUCGAUUCCCGCUCAAGGCCACCAUCAGUGAUGAUUAUUUGAACUGGUCCUCGGCCUCCCCUAGGUUGACACAGUCUCAAAUGAGUACCUGGUGUAGUGUAUAAAUACUUCCACCAGGGAGACAAAGGCGGCUGAUGUGGUGCUGGUCACCCACCCCUUCAUGUGCCGUGCUGGUCCUCAUAUGUGCUACUCACCAACACCACUUAUCUCAACAGUCUGUUGAAGGCUGCACGGGGUCUAUUUGUCUUUGUAAUGGACUAAAUACCUGUGAUACAACCGCUGCAUUCAAGCUCUGCAAAGAGUUUUUGUUUUGUUUUUCGCGCAUUUUUUUAAAGCACGAUGUUCAAUAUUUGUUUUAAUUCCUAGAUUAUACUCUCACGACCAGUGCUGUAUUGUGAUUCCAGCUUAACCAGUUUAUUGUGGGUGAUAUCUUCUUGUGUAGAUAUAAUGUACAAAAAUAAGUUAAACUAUAACCUUCCAUCGCUACCCAGCAGUAGAGGUGUUCAAUUCAAGUAAGUUGUUGGCCAACCUUAAACUAAACAAAUUAUUUUCCCAGCUAAUACUCUGAACGUGUUAUGUUGAUUCUAAAUGUGGAGGGAAAAACCGGAGAAAAAUUCUCCCGACCACUACAGGGACAGAGAAAUAUACAACAGGCAUCAGGGACGGGAUUGAACCCACGACCUCCUGCAUACUAGGCGAGGGAGAUAACAUCUACCUUGCCACUGCGGCGCCGCAACUGGAAUGUUGGAAAAGCGUGUAAGGUUUUGAAUUCUUUUUUAUUCCCCACGUUUCGUUGGAGAUUGCACACGGCAUAAUGAGGCAUUCACAGCAGCUCUUUUUCGCGUGAAACAGCUUCCCGAUCCACGUCAGUCAGUAUGUGCUAUGACGUCACAAUGACAGCCAUGUGGUACAUUCUGAUUUAUUUUUUUAUCGAUGCGUCACAAGUCAGGGCCUUGAAUAAUCUUGAUGUAACUAUUUUAUUCUUAUCCGUUUUAUCUCAGAUGCCAGGCUACCUCAUUCCACGAAGCACCGUUAUGAGCUCACUAAAAUAAAAUCUCCUUCAGCAGAUCGGAGGAAAAGUAACUGUACCCUGUCUACACAAUAUUGAAUAUGAUCAAUAUUUUGUUGUCAUCUGAAGGGAAAAUGUACCUUCCAUGUGUCUUUCCCAGAUCGAUGGCGUUCAAGGUCACUGCUUUUAAAUUGCAAACAUUUCCUUCACGGUAUUCAGUUGGUGCCUCGCGGUGCUGUUAAAAUUAAAUAAUAAUAGCCUGCUUGGGCACUGCAACAACAACAGUGGCCCGGAUAGAUUUUGAGGACCAUUAAUGAGAUUUAACAAAAAAAUAUUUUAUUUUUGAUGUUCAAUAGUAUAUGCUGUGUAUUGUCUCUGAACUGUGAUUCUUAAAUAUGUUAUUCUUAGUUUUGAUGUUAGGUUAGUAACACGGAGUUAGACUGUUCUGCUCUCCAGUUUCCUCGGUGAAAAGUGUUGCCCAAUCCUGGCCAUCUUGCUCAAAAACGUACUGAAAUAACCAACAAUAAUCAGAGUUGAUUGCGGGCUGAUUGGUUGUGCUUGGCAGGUUAGGUUAGUGGUUUGUGAUUAUUUUGAAGUAUAUUGUUUGUUAUAAAGCUGACGUUUUAAUGCCAGUAUGACUCUAUUUUAGUGUUAAUUGGCUAUUAAUAGGGUUAAUUCAAUAAUUGUUUUGGGGAUUAUCAUUGAGGGAUGGGUGAUACAGUUUGAUUGAAGAGGUUGUUGGUGUUUCCUUGCUAUAAUACACGAUCAAUUAAUUUAAUAAAAAAGUGGCUGGAGUUAUUUGUUCCCAUUGUGAAUCUAGUGCUGAGUACUCUCGCGGUUUCAUGGCAAGUUUAUCAAGGUACAGAGGUCGGCCGAUCGCACCCCCUGUGGCGGCUUGACCAUUGACGGUUAACCGCGAGAUUCCUGUACGCGCUGUAAAAUCACUGGCCACUGUUAUGCUGCUGCUGCAGAAGAACACGCGGUGCAAUCUCGUCUUCAUUUCGUCUUCAUUUAAUCUU